AUGAAUGAGGGCAUCGCCACAGGGGCCGAGCAGCGUGCAGAAGAGAGCCUGCAACCCCCCAGCUCCAGCCCCGCUCGCAGACCCCUCGGCCCCUGCAGCACCAUGGAGGUCCCCGCAGCCACCCUGGUCGCCCUCCUCCUCGUGGCCACCUGCUCCCCGUCCAAGGCCCAUCUCGACGGUGUCCCCACCUCCUGCUGCUUCAGCUACCACCAGCGCCCCGUCCCGCGGGGCCUCAUCGCCUCCACCUACAUCACCAGCAGCAGCUGCACCCAGCCGGGCGUGAUCCUGGUCACCAAGAAGAAGAAGGAGCUGUGCGCGGACCCCGAGGCGUCCUGGGUGCAGGCGCAUCUGAAGCACUUCCAGACCCUGAAGAACUGACCCUUCCCCGCUGCCACCCGCGGUGCCCCCGGCACUACCCCCGGCGGGCUUGGCUUCCAGCCCCAGGCGCGCAAGAGACUACGUGAACUGCAGCCUGCUUCAACGGGAAAAAUUAUUCUAUUUAACUUAUUUCAGAGAAACUAAAUAUUUUUGCUAA